UCUAAAUAAUUGUUAGCGCCACUUUAGAUAAUUAGAAUUAUUCCAAACCCUUAUCUCGGAGAGACAAUACCUACAGUAAUCUCUCACUGCACCGAUAAAAUUUCUUUGAUUACAAUCACCCCAUUUACAUUUCAUUUAUUUUUUCCCACUUCAAACAAACACUAAUAAAAUACAAAUUUGGAUUCAAUUCCAGAUCUUCCAUCAUGGUACAAUUCUCCAACCAAGAUGGAAACAAGGAGGAAGCAGAGAAGGAACAGAGGGAAUUCAAUGGCGGAAUUUCCAAGCGCAAGUCCGAAAGUAGUUGGGAAGGCGGAGAAAUGACGAAGAAGAAAAAGAGGAAGUCAAAGGCAAAUGGUCAUCAUGGACAUGGACAUCGAAGACAUAGUGUCAGCACCAAACCGGCGAGAGAUCCAAGAGAUGAGGCUGCAGAUACUCCGGAAGAGACUCCUGUUGAGGUUUCAAGAAGUCCCAGUCCAGUCAUUGAUUUUGAUGGUUUGAGUCGGCCUAGUAUGUCGUCAUCCUCUUCCAUCCCAGCCGGGCUUAAGCAAAUUGGUAUUUUUUCGCUCUUGUAGCUAAUAUAAAUUUUAGGCAAAGGCGCGCGAGAACGUCUUGAUGAAUCCCCAGAACAAGCAGCUGUCCGAAUGUCAAAAUUGACAGGCGCAGUUCGCACAAUUCUUGAAUGUAUAGGUGAAGAUCCGGAUCGAGAAGGUCUCUUAGCCACUCCCGAGCGAUACGCAAAAGCAAUGCUAUACCUCACGAAAGGAUAUCAGGAAAAUGUUAGGGACAUUGUCAAUGAUGCAAUUUUCCAUGAGGACCAUAAUGAAUUAGUAAUUGUCAAAGAUAUCGAGGUCUUCAGUAUGUGCGAGCAUCACAUGGUUCCAUUCACUGGAAAGGUAAGCUUGUCUCUUUGAUGUUGUUGGAAGCCAUGGAAGCUUACAUUGAUGAAUCGCAGAUGCACAUUGGUUAUAUCCCAGAUCGAAAUGUCAUCGGUAUUUCAAAGUUGCCUCGAAUUGCGGACAUGUUUUCACGAAGGCUACAAAUUCAAGAGAGGCUUACAAAAGAUGUCGCACAUGCCGUUAUGGAAAUUCUCAAACCACAGGGCGUAGCAGUUGUCAUGGAAUCGAGCCACUUAUGCAUGGUCAUGCGUGGAGUGGAGAAAACGAGUGCUACGACGAUUACGAGUUGUGUUCUUGGUUGCAUAGAAAAAAGAGAGAAGACUAGAAAUGAGUUUUUUAGUUUGGUGGGCUUGAAUAGAAGAUAGAUAAUUGGCAAAAGGGGUGGUACAUUUGCCUUUGCAUUUUGCGGCGUUUUGGGUUUAAGGUACGAUGGUCUUCAACACUACCAUGGGAAGGCGUUCAUUCUUUGGUCUUAACGCCAUUUGUGUCUAUAUUGGAUAAUAUUUUUACGCUAGGUCUUUGACCUUGAACUCAACAAAUCCGAACUGGAAAGACGACCAACUUUGUUGUCAUGUUUUCACUAUAUGGUUCUUACCACAUAUAGCCAU